GGAAGUGUCGUUGCAGUGAAAACUGCUAAAAACUUAUACAAUUGCCACUGUGAACCACAAAACUCCAACUUUAUCUAUCGCAUUUUUCAAAAAAAAUUUCUACAUUUCUAGACCAGAUAUCCAAAAGUUGAAAAAGUCGGUUCAGUAGUUAUUAAAUUUAAAAAAGCCAGUUCUCUAGAAUUUCGAUUUUUUUAUUCACCCUAAUGGCAAAAUGAAACAAUACGGGUUUAAAAUUUUUAGAUGGGAAACGAUUGUAACAAAUAUUACGAAUUUCUGAGAGGUCGUAUAUCUUUUUCUCGUGGAAUUUCUGUACUUAUAUGAGGAACACAAGAAAAAUGCAGCUUAAAUAUUUAAAAUAAGACAGUGAUUCUGACAAUUAUUGUAUAGUCCUACGUCAAAAAAAAUCGAACCACCGCUUAAAGCUGUUUCCUAUCAUUUUUCUUGAAGAUUGAUCUAGCAGUAGAAAGCGGAGAAAACAACUUUUGAAAUUUUUCAGCAUUGACUGUAAUUAGAACCUUAAGGAAUUGAUGAGAAGUCACGUCAAUGCACAAAUCUUUAAAUAGUCGUCUGAUUCCUGGAACAACUAAACAACAAAACAAAAACAUAUACAGAACUACUUUGGACACUAACACAGAUUGAUCCUACUCAGACACAUACAUUUUAGACGUGGAACUACUCGGCUCCGUUCAGCCAUUCAGUCGUCAGUAGGCAAUCGACGAGAAAUGAUUAAUUUUUACUUCUUUGUCCUAUCGGUAGCAUGUUUAAUUUGCAUUCAAGGUGUCUUUGGUCAAGCAGAACGAGUCGCAAGUAAAAAAUGCGCUGAGUUCGUCAAUCAGAACACGCAGAAAUCGUUCGGAGGACCUCUCCUUCUGUCUCCUGUGGUUCAGGAAAUUUCCGCUCCCAACUGUUCCUCGUCCGUCGAAUUGAUCGUGAAUGGGGAAGCUGCGGGUGCCAACGAAUUCCCGCAUCAGGCCCUGCUCGGAUAUCCAGAAGCUAACACAUCCCUGCGAAAGGUGGAAUUCAUCUGCGGUGGUUCACUGAUCAGUGAUCGGUUUGUGCUAACCGCGGCCCAUUGCGGAAGACCUUCGGUUGUUCGACUGGGCGAGCAUGUCAUUGGCGAGAUUGGGGAGGAGGUGGAUUUCGAUGUGGAAGAUUACUUGAAACAUCCGGAAUACAGUGUGUCCAGAUCGUACCACGACAUUGCUUUGGUAAAACUGGCCGAGGUGGUGUUUUUUUCGGCACUGAUACGGCCAGCUUGCCUCUGGACAACCGAACCGCUGAAUGUGACAUCGGUCGUGGCAACCGGUUUUGGACUCACCGAGUUCGUUGGUAAUUCUUCGACGGUGCUGAUGAAGGUUCGGCUCGACUUGAUGCCGAAGUCACUGUGCGAGGAAAAGUAUUCACUGCUCAGAAAGUUCUCCGAUGGCAUUCGUAGCGAGCAGCUUUGUGUGGGCAGCCAACGGGGUGGAAAGGAUACCUGCCAGGGUGAUUCCGGUGGGCCGAUUCAGGUGGUGACGGAUGUGAAAAGCUGCACCUAUCACAUCGUGGGAAUUACCUCCGUGGGUGGAUCUUGCGGUUCGGGACGUUCGGAAGCCGUGUACACCCAGGUCGCCAGUUAUGUCGAUUGGAUCGAACGAAAAGUGUGGCCUGAGGAGUACCAAACAUUCUCCGCUUCGAUAGAAUCGAACCACAGAAUCGUGUUUCCCGAUGAUUAGUUGUCAGUUCUAUGAUAAAGUACUUCUUUUCAAAUGUAUGAAAAUAAGAUAAAAUUUUCUUUUUCGUAGUAAAACACAAACCAAUAAAACUCAUCCUUCAACGUCGCUAAGA